UCAUUGUUUAUUUGCUUUUACAUUGGUGUUGAUUUUUCUACCUUUCUUGUGUUUUUAAUUUUCACAACGUGUUAUAAUGUAUAUUUUGAUUAUCAUCUUUAUGUGCAUGAUUAUCAUAAUAAGUCGUAUACAUUCUGCGUUCGUGGCCGGUAUUAAUUAUCAACUAAAUAGCGCAACUGUAGAAUGGUUUGAACAAGGAGAAACUAAAGGAAAAGAAAUUGACUUUAACAUUAUAGAAUCUCUUAAUCCAAACGUUUCCAUAACCAAACCUGAGACUAUAAUCAUCGAGGAUACACCAGUGAAAACAAAUGAAGUAUUGAAAAACACCGGACUUCAACUUCAAAGGAAUCCCACACGACAGUCGGUGCAACAAACUUUGCUUGCUUCUACCAGAACUAAUGGAUCAAUAAGAACAAAACAAAAUAGAUUCACCAACUUUUUAAAUUCUGGCCAUAUUUUAGAACCUGAAAAAAAUGAAAAAGAAAAGAUUUCUAGUAUCCCUCAUUCGAAAUCAACUGCAUCUGUCCCACAGAAUUCACGUCGAACCAACGUAGUAAAAGAAGUAGAAAAAUUAAAAAAGAAUCGAGAAGAACGAAGACAACGUCAGGCUGAAGAGAAGGCUGAAAAAGAAGCGUUUUUACAAAUGGCUCCCGGAAAUCCGCAUUGGGAACUUUUAAACAUGAUCCAAGAAUAUCGUCGUAGUUUGGACAUAAAACCACUCACUGAAAACGACGUGGUUGAAGAUCAUUUAAUUACUGUUUGUGUAAGAAAACGUCCCUUAAACAAAAGAGAAUCGACUAAAAAAGAGGUAGACGUUAUAACGAUUCCUUCGAAAAAUCAGCUAAUUGUACACGAGCCUAAAAAUAAAGUGGAUCUGACUAAAUAUUUAGAAAAUCAGCUAUUUCGAUUCGACUACGCUUUCGACGAAACAUGUACCAAUGAAGUGGUUUACAAAUACACUGCCCAACCGCUGGUGAAGACAGUUUUUGAAGGAGGUUUUGCCACUUGCUUUGCUUACGGUCAAACAGGUUCUGGCAAAACGCACACCAUGGGCGGCGAUUUUGUUGGGAAAAAUCAGGACUGUCAGAGAGGCAUUUACGCGAUGGCAGCUAGUGAUGUUUUUCGAUUUGCCAACUCCCCAAAAUACAGGCACCUUAAUCUAGUUGUAUCUGCCAGUUUUUUUGAAAUUUAUUCUGGUAAAGUAUUUGACUUGCUUGCUAAUAAAGCUAAGCUAAGAAUACUAGAAGAUGGAAAACAACAAGUGCAAGUCGUUGGACUCACAGAGAAAGUGGUAGUCUCUUCUGAUGAAGUUUUGAAACUUAUUCAGAAAGGAAACCAAGCUAGAACUUCUGGCCAAACUUCAGCAAACACAAAUUCCUCCAGAUCACAUGCUAUUUUCCAAAUAAUUCUACGUCCGAACAACGCGCUACACAAAGUUCAUGGCAAAUUCUCCCUUAUUGAUUUAGCAGGCAACGAAAGGGGCGCAGAUACCUCUUCUGCUGACCGACAAACAAGAAUGGAAGGAGCAGAAAUAAAUAAAUCACUGUUAGCCUUGAAGGAAUGUAUCCGAGCAUUAGGGCGCAAAGGGUCCCACUUGCCUUUUAGGGUCAGUAAAUUGACCCAAGUUUUAAGAGACUCAUUCGUAGGACCUAAUUCCAGAACUUGCAUGAUAGCUAUGAUUUCACCCGGCGUUUCGUCAUGCGAACAUUCAUUAAAUACGUUGCGGUAUGCUGACCGUGUUAAAGAACUCGGAGCUGGUGACCUUGCAACAGCUCAGGAAGAAGAUGGUGCUGAUAACGUAAAAAGCAGUGACGGAGACCUUCUACAAUUACGAUCGUUAAAUGAAAACGAUAUGACGCCCGAAAUGUUAAAGUUUCACGAAGUAAUAUCAGAACUGCAAAUAGCUGAGGACAAUAUGUUAGACAACCAUAAGCAAACGAUUGAUCAAUUGUACACUGCAGCAGAUAAGGCUGAGAAGAUAUUAAAAAUGACUGACGAAGUAGAUUAUGAUACGGAAGCCUAUUGCAAAUCGUGGAAUAAUAUUUUGGAUAGUUUGGAAGCCAGCAUAAAACAAGCUAAGAAUGUGAUAAAGGAUUAUGAACUGAAAUUAGCAGUAGAAGAACAGUUAUCUCGUAAAACCAAACAGAAGUAAUCUCAUCCGAUAAUUUUUUGUUAAUUUUAAAUGUACAGCGUGUGUUUCGUAAUACCUGUUAAAGGAAAAAAGCAAACGAACUUAACAUGAUUACAGUAUUAACUAAAUUAAAAUGAAAAAAUAAACACUACCAACAUGCUUAUGCUCAAGUUAAUCAGUUUUAAGUUGCUCUUGCUUUUGAACACUACUCGCCUGGUAUAGAUAGCCGUGUAAAUUUUUUUAUAUUAAACUAGAGUGAUUUAUUCCUUAUUAUUUUAAGUGAUUGUUAUUUACCAUUUUUGAUUAAGCAAAAUAAACAUUUUUAAAUUAAGCUUUAAAUACCCUCAGACCAGAGUUAUUCCUAUAAUUGACUUUACUAUCCAGUUAACAUUUAUUUUUACAGUUGUUAUAAAAUUUAUAGAAAUAAAUCGUUGUGAAUUACA